CGACCUCAGCGCCCCGGAGAGCGGCGCAGCCACCUGCACCCGGAAAACGCCAACAAGUAGUUUCCCGGCGGAGGAGGGCGGCUCAGCCCCGCGGCGUCCCCUCGGAAACCCAGGCAGAGCCACUUUUCCCUCGGUCUCCAUAAGUCAUGUCUGAGCCACAGAGAUGGGCAAGAUCGAGAACAACGAGAGGGUGAUCCUCAAUGUCGGGGGCACCCGGCACGAGACCUACCGCAGCACCCUCAGGACCCUGCCCGGAACGCGCCUGGCCCUGCUCGCCGCCUCGGAGCCCCAGGGCGAGAGCCUGAGCGCGGCGGGGGACAAGCGACAGCCCCUGCCCCCGCCGCUGUCGCCCGCAGCUCCCACCCCGGGGGCGGCCGCGAGUUCUUCUUCGACCGGCACCCGGGCGUCUUCGCCUACGUGCUCAACUACUACCGCACCGGCAAGCUGCACUGCCCCGCCGACGUGUGCGGGCCGCUCUUCGAGGAGGAGCUGGCCUUCUGGGGCAUCGACGAGACCGACGUGGAGCCCUGCUGCUGGAUGACCUACCGGCAGCACCGCGACGCCGAGGAGGCCCUGGACAUCUUCGAGACCCCCGACCUCAUCGCGGGCGGCGACCCCGGCGACGACGAGGACCUGGCGGCCAAGCGGCUGGGCAUCGAGGACGCGGCCGGGCUAGGGGGGCCCGACGGCAAGUCUGGCCGCUGGAGGAGGCUGCAGCCCCGCAUGUGGGCCCUCUUCGAGGACCCCUACUCAUCCAGAGCCGCCAGGUUUAUUGCUUUUGCUUCUCUAUUCUUCAUCUUGGUUUCAAUCACAACCUUUUGCCUGGAGACACAUGAAGCUUUCAAUAUCGUUAAAAACAAGACAGAACCAGUCAUCAAUGGGACAAGUGCUGUUUUACAAUAUGAAAUCGAAACGGAUCCUGCCUUGACGUAUGUAGAAGGAGUGUGUGUAGUGUGGUUUACCUUUGAAUUUUUAGUCCGUAUUGUUUUUUCACCCAAUAAACUUGAAUUCAUCAAAAACCUCUUGAAUAUUAUUGACUUUGUGGCCAUCCUACCCUUCUACUUAGAAGUGGGACUCAGUGGGCUGUCCUCCAAAGCUGCUAAAGAUGUCCUUGGCUUCCUCAGGGUUGUAAGAUUUGUGAGGAUACUGAGAAUCUUCAAGCUCACCCGCCACUUUGUAGGUCUGAGGGUGCUUGGACACACUCUUCGAGCUAGUACUAAUGAAUUUUUGCUGCUGAUAAUCUUCCUGGCUCUUGGAGUCUUGAUAUUUGCUACCAUGAUCUACUAUGCUGAGAGAGUAGGAGCUCAGCCUAACGACCCUUCAGCUAGUGAGCACACGCAGUUCAAAAACAUUCCAAUUGGGUUCUGGUGGGCUGUUGUGACCAUGACAACCCUGGGAUAUGGAGAUAUGUAUCCCCAAACAUGGUCAGGGAUGCUGGUGGGAGCCUUGUGUGCUCUGGCUGGAGUGCUGACGAUAGCCAUGCCGGUGCCUGUGAUUGUCAACAAUUUUGGAAUGUACUACUCCUUGGCAAUGGCCAAGCAGAAACUUCCAAGAAAAAGAAAGAAGCACAUUCCUCCUGCCCCUCAGGCAAGCUCACCUACGUUUUGCAAGACAGAAUUAAAUAUGGCCUGCAAUAGUACACAGAGUGACACAUGUCUGGGCAAAGAUAACCGACUUCUGGAGCAUAACAGAUCAGGUGACGACAGUACAGGAAGUGAGCCGCCAUUAUCACCCCCAGAAAGGCUCCCCAUCAGACGUUCUAGUACCAGAGACAAAAACAGAAGAGGAGAAACAUGUUUCUUACUGACGACAGGUGCUUACACGUGUGCUUCUGACGAAGGGAUCAGGAAAGGAUACGAAAAAUCCCGAAGUUUAAACAACAUAGCGGGCAUGGCAGGCAAUGCUCUGAGGCUCUCUCCAGUCACAUCACCCUACAACUCUCCUUGUCCUCUGAGACGCUCUCGAUCACCCAUCCCAUCUAUCUUGUAACCCAACUGCAUCAGCUGGCUAAAUUGUAUUAAUUCCAGUACUGUUUAACCCAUAAGGGAAAUAAUUAAAAGUAGAAUUACUCCGGGCUCCAUUAACACAGUAUAAGUCCUGCAUGAGUCUACUACUUGAAGUCAGAAAUGCCACAUGAGUAGCUAGCAAAUCUUAUCCUGGCUUUGAAGAUUAUCUGAAGUAGGAUUAUUACUUCUCUAUAUUAAUUGCCCUGGUAUCCCCUUGCAAUAAAACGACAUAUAGUGUCAGAUAUUGGCCAGUACACUAACACAUAAAUGUAUAUUCAGGGAGAUAUAUUUAAAAAGCGUGCUUCCAAAUGCCAGCUACUUUAUUGGAACUUCAUUUCCUGUGACUAAACCAUUCUGAAGAUGUCUGGGAUCCUAUCCGAAUUGCAUACAAUAUGACUUUGGUCAGUUCAUUUGCAUGGGUCAUGUUGUCCCUGUCACUGAAAGCAAUGUUGCAGAGUUUGGGAACUAUGGCUCCAAGAUAUGUGUACUUUGCAUCCAAUCAUCCUGCUGACAUGAAGGCAUUGGUUGACUGUUCUGCAUGUUGAAAUGUGGGGUGGGAUGAGGAGUUUCUCCUUGGCACCCUUUCCCUUACUCUUUGGUAGAAAUAUUUGUUUUAAGGUGGUUCUGAGUUUUUGAUUAAUUUACUUUUCUUCCAAAAUGCUGUAUUGGAGUUCUCAAUGUCUUUGGUUGUUUGUACACAGAUAACUGCAAAGAGGUUGUCUUUACUGGUUACACGCAAGCCGAUGCCAGAUCUCUUACUUAAUGACUUGGGGAAGGCACAAAACAUGAGAGAAAGGUAACUGCCAGCCAGGCUUGCAUUGCUAGAAAUUGCUGCUUGGUACUAGAGUAACUUUUUUAAUCCCAAGAUUUAUCAUUGUUUUCAGAAGCAAAAUGCCAAAUAUUACCCAAAGCUCUGGUGUCCUUUUACCCACCUCCUUUACCUUUAUCCAUUAAUUUUUGUGCAAAUUACAAGUCACUGGUUAUUCACAGGCUUUUUCAACUAGCCUUAAAAUUUUGAAGCGAAUAACAAAUCAGAUGUCUAGGCAGCGUUUAAUCAGGUGCUUUGUCCUGUAUGUUGUUCCUGUCUUUCUGUCUUAGCUCCCAGUCCUAACUGUAUUUGCCAUUUGUCUUCAUGAAAUGUAGAAAUGCCUUGAUAAGGUAUUCAAAAUUUUAUUGCUGGAUUUCCUCCCUCCUGUCCCUUGUCUUCUUUGCUAUUUGAGGCAGCCUCUCCGCUUUGAGUAUAAGUUAAUGUUGCCCUGUAUACUACCUAAAUUAGCCUACACUGUGAAUCUUUUUAAUAAGCAGCAAUUUCGCCAUGGUAUUUGGUUGUGCAACGUAGUGUAAGUUUCUACUACCUAGCAACCAGCAUUCAUCAACACACUCCAGCAAAAUCCCAAGGGAGUCUAACUGAGUGUAAGUGGAAGGAAGUCUGUUUACACGUCCCUACCAAAUGUGAAAGCAAUAGGGUGUCCGAUGUUUUGGGGCAUAUAAAAGGAGAAAAAUGCCAUGAUAUAAAUAGAGAAAUAAAUAGUUUUAAGGUGUCUAGAAACCUUGAGAUUAGUGGUUAAUUCCUAGAUCUCAUGUUUAUUUUUUCUUAGAAAGACAAUUGUCAUUUUUAUUAUUGGACAAGAAACAUAUAUUACUCUAUAUUCUCGAGUCCUAGAGCAUGACCAGCAUGUCAGAGAUCUUGUACAGCGAUGUAUUUAUCCAGACACACAUAUCUGAUAUUUAGAGAUGCUGUGAUCCUUUUGAUAACAUCAAAUAUAGAAUGUUAUAAUUAUUUACAUUUAUGGUAAAAGAAUUAAUAUGUUGUCUGGUGCUGCUGUUAUUGACUGCAGUGUUGUGCAGAAUUUGUCAUGAAUUUUUGACUGCUGAAAAAGAGACAUUGGAAUUUAGCCAUACCAAGGAUUGUACUGGAAACAACUUCUGCUA